AAUAAACAGUUAUCCUGAGGAAAACCUCCCAGAUGAUGAGAGAUGCCAGACAAUAAAACAUUUCCCAGACUCACAGAACAGAGCCCCACCAGCCCACAGGAGACAGAGUAUCCCAGUUUGUGGGCCUCAGGCUGAUUCCAGCCCCAUUGGAAUGACCAGCAGCAUCAGCAGCCCUGGAUUGCUCACAGCCAGAUACAGCGACCUGGGCAAUGGGAAUGGGAUGCUGAAACUCAUCGAGGAAAACGUGGAAGGGUCCGGACAAAUCCCUCAGCUCCCACGGAAAAAGGAGAAAAGAGAUUUCCCUAAACCAGCCAUCAAUGGUUUGCCUCCGACUCCGAAGGUGCUGAUGGGAGCAUGUUUUUCCAAAGUCUUUGAUGGUUGUCCUUUGAAGAUCAACUGUGCAACAUCGUGGAUACAUCCAGAUACUAAAGACCAGUACAUCAUCUUUGGCACAGAAGAAGGGAUCUAUACUUUGAAUUUGAAUGAACUUCACGAGGCAACAAUGGAACAGUUAUUUCCCCGAAAAUGCACCUGGCUGUAUGUUAUCAACAACACCUUGAUGUCCUUGUCAG